AUGAUUGACAAUUCAUUGACGCAAUAUUUCAGUUAUCGAGACGAACUAACAGUUCAAGAUGGAGUCACCUUGCGAGCAAAAAGAAUUGUCUUCCCGGCCCAAAUGAGACCUCGAAUCAAAAAGAAAGUACAUGCAGGCCACAUGAGAAUCAACUCAUGUCUCCGUCGAGCUAGGGAGCUAGUGUUUUGGCCUGGCAUGUCAGCCCAAAUUCGACAGUUUGUCGAAAGCUGUAAUAUCUGUGCCACAUACAGCUGCAAACAGUCUGCAGAACCACUAUAUCAACACCCUGUUCCUGACAGGCCAUGGGCAAAAGUGGGCACAUAUAUAUUUAGCAUUGAAGGCAGAGACUACCUAAUAACCACUGAUUAUUACAGCAACUUCUUUGAGAUAGACUACCUCCCUGAAACUACUAGUGAAGCUGUAAUAACAAAGAUGAAACAUCAUUUUGCAAGACAUGGAUUGCCAGACACUGUAAUUAGUGAUGGAGGCCCGCAGUACACGUCUGGAAAGUCUUUUAGUGCCAGGUGGAAUUUCCAACACAAUACUUCUAGUCCAGGAAACAGCCAUCAAAUGGAGUAG